AUGCCUUUGGACAUCGACGACAUUUUCAUCACUGGAGUGCUCACUGAAGCAGCUAAUGUCAGUAUUGAUGGUUCGGAGGCAAUUAAAGUUUUCAAGCGAAAUCCAGAAGUACCGGAAUUUAAGGAACAGUUCUUUCUGACAGACAAACAGUACACUAGUUACUGGUUUCAUGUUAUCAAUUACAAAUUGCUGACUGCGGAUGUCGGUUCAAGUCAUUCUCCCAGCGGUUCUGCCAAAAGCAUGCAAAUGCUUGGUGGCUUGACGGCGCAAGAACACCCGUUCUUCGCCACUACUCGCCAGUACUGA